AUGUCGAAGACCUUCACCACUGCCGAUGUGGCAACCCAUAACAAAACCGACAACCUAUACAUUGUGGUUGACGAGGACGUGUAUGAUCUGACCAAAUUCCAAGAUGAGCAUCCAGGUAUCCUAACUGAACAAACAGUCCUCCAACGAGUCGCCGGCAAAGACGCUUCCAAACAGUUCUGGAAAUACCACAAUGAAAGCAUUCUGAAGAAGUACAAGCCGCAGUUGCAGGUUGGCUCGCUCGACACCAAGAAAAAGGCAGAAGCUCCUGCGCCAGCACCCGCGCCCUCGAAGCCAAAGGCUGUACCAGUUCCCGAGGCUGGAACAGUCUCUGUGUCUCCGUCUGGCCCCAACCUGCUUGCUUUAGCUGAAAAUGCUGAGCCAGCCGACCCCUUUGGCAGCCUGAUCCCCUAUAGCGACCCGAACUGGUACCAAUCCUACCACUCGCCGUACAUCAACAAGACGCAUGAGGCCCUCCGAGCUGAGGUACGCGAAUGGGUUGAGAACGAGCUCGAGCCCUAUGUUACAGAAUGGGACGAGAGCAAGAAUGUACCAGAGAAGAUCUACAAGCAGAUGGGCGAGCGAGGCUAUCUUGCCGGCUUACUCGGCGUGCACUAUCCGACCCAUGUUACCGACAAAAGAGUCAAGAGCGUGCCGCCGGAGCAGUGGGAUCUGUUUCACGAGAUGCUGCUGACCGAUGAGAUCUCCCGAACCGGCUCAGGUGGCCUUGUCUGGAAUCUCAUCGGUGGAUUCGGUAUUGGAUGCCCACCCCUCAUCAAAUACGGCAAGAAGUCCCUUCAAGAACGCAUCCUUCCAGGCAUCCUUUCCGGCGAUAAGCGGAUAUGUCUGGCUAUCACUGAGCCCGAUGCUGGUUCCGACGUCGCCAAUCUCACCUGCGAGGCCAAGCUUACGGAAGAUGGCAAGCAUUUCAUCGUCAACGGCGAGAAGAAGUGGAUCACAAACGGUAUCUGGUGCGACUACUUCACCACCGCCGUGCGCACCGGCGGGCCCGGCAUGGGCGGCAUCAGCUUGCUCCUCAUUGAGCGCGGUGAGGGAGUCAGCACCCGCAGGAUGGACUGCCAGGGCGUGUGGUCCAGCGGCACGACAUAUAUCACUUUUGAGGAUGUCAAGGUCCCAGUUGAGAAUCUGCUGGGCAAGCAGAACCGUGGGUUCCAAGUGAUCAUGACCAAUUUCAAUCACGAACGUAUUGGCAUCAUCAUCCAAUGUAUCCGCUUCUCGCGCGUCUGCUUCGAGGAGUCUGUCAAGUACGCUUCCAAGCGCAAGACCUUUGGUCAAAAGCUCAUCAACCACCCUGUUAUCCGCUUGAAGCUUGCGCACAUGGCUCGUCAGAUCGAGUCUUCUUACGCAUGGCUUGAGAACCUGGUAUUCCAGUGCCAGAUGAUGGGAGAGACGGAAGCUAUGCUCAAACUUGGUGGCGCUAUUGCUGGUUUGAAGGCACAAGCCACCACAACGUUCGAGUUCUGCACCAAGGAAGCGGCGCAGAUCUUUGGUGGUCUCAGCUACUCGAGAGGCGGUCAGGGCGGCAAGAUCGAGCGGCUAUAUCGCGAUACUCUGGCAUACAAGAUUCCUGGCGGUAGUGAGGAGAUCAUGCUUGACUUGAGCAUACGGCAGAGUAUGAAGGUGCACCAAGCGUUGGGUAUGAAGUUAUAG